GUUUGUAUUUGUUAUGGCUGGUCUGGUACCCACACCUGUCAGAUCGUCCGGCAGAAAACAGUGGACUUUGCAUGAUGGCCCAAGAGGUUCAUUACGUAAACUUCGAACGCAGUUGGCCGAAGAUGGUUGUCCAGAAUCGCAGGUUGUGUUGGCAAAACAGCUGCUUGAAGAGACAUCAGAAUUGGAUGCUGAUAAAGAAGAGAAUGAGAAACUGGGAGUGUACUGGCUGAUUAAAGCAUCAGAACAAGGAAACACAGAAGCCACUGAAAUUUUGAGACAUUGCUUACGGACGGGACAAGGUAUUACGGAACAUAAUUACUUGGAUGUGAAAUCGUGUUUAAAUAUGUCCCAGGAAGAAAAGCUGGCCCGAAAAGCAGCAAGGGAAAUGUUCUCUAGUCUUUCAGCAGGACAAGAUUUCAUUACAUCUGACCAGCUUCAGAAAAAAAUGACAAGAGUUAGUAAAGAAAUGACAACUACAGAGGAAGAUGGAGGAAUUAGUAUGCACUCUGAAAAUCAGCAGAAUGCGGAUUUAGGAAAUGGUGUAUUGGAAGCAGGAGCUUGUAUGAAUUCUGUUCCGCACUCAGAAGACAGAGAAUGGGCAACAGCAAGGGAGUACGAUGGAGAGAAACUAACAGAAGACCACUUGGUUUCUGCUGCGGUGAACUAUGUGCGUGGGGAGCUGCCACUUGUCCACCAUGUUCUAACGCUUAGCAACCCAGUUGACCAAAAUAUUGAGGCUGCUAACUUUUUACGAAGAACACUUUUCCACCCACUCAACUCACUGCACAACUUUUACAGAAAGUUAGUAGAAACUCUCGCUAAGCGUGGUUCUCCGUUCAUGUCUUCAAUUUUUCCAGUAGUACUGUCACAGUUCCAGACUUUGAUUUUGCUUUUCAUCUAUACUGUUCUUGGUGUAGACAGUAUUUUAUUGUUUAUUCCCAUGGCUGCAUAUUAUGUUUCUUUCUUUGUCAUGGUCAUCUCAACAUUUCAAAUGUUGCAUAGGAAACGAGAGUUUCGCGAUUUUCAGUCGUGGUCGAGAUUAUUUUUGAGCUACAGCGGGGGAAGCUUGAAUGCAGAAGAAGCUGAGUAUCAGUAUUGCUGUAAUAAUCUUAAACCUUAUGCUCACUUUUUCCUGGCACUAGUAAUCAAUCUGAUGAUUUAUCCUGUAAUUGCACCUCAGUGGACACCACAAUCUGAGCUUACAAUUCUUGCAUUUUCAUUGACACUACUUACAUUGUACGCAUUUAUGAAUCACGGCCAGUCUCUUGAUUUACUAAUGCUUUUUUCAUUUGCUGUUAAUGUUCUUGCUAAAUAUCCUUACGAAACUGAUGCUGUGGUGAGACAGGGCUGGCGAUUUUUAGACAUACGGGUUCCUACAUUUGCAUCAUAUAUUGUUGGAAAUGGAGUAGAAUUCUGCUUGAAUUGCCGUGCUGUGUUUUAUCUCCUAAUACCAGCAAUAUUUGUGAAGAUAGCAUCUCGUGAUAAGUGGCGCGGAAUAUAUAAGGCGUUAAUACCCCACUGUGUGUCUCUUUCAUGGUGGCAAGUGGCGGUGAUAUCUUCGCAGGGUGCAACUUGGUACGGUCUUAUCAGAAGUGCUCUGGCGUUAGUAGGCCUCGUAUUAAUCGUCCCCAUAAUGGGUAUUGCAACAGUACUACUUCCAGUCCUCGCUGCAGGGAAAUACUUGGCAGACUCGGCAAUAUUUAUUCGUGUUGUUACUACGGCACUGCUUGCAUCGGCACCUGUGGUCGCCACCUGGUAUAUUAACAAACAGCGAGCAAAGGGUGGUGUUCACCAACCUAUGGAAAGAUACUUCACUCGUUUCCAAGUUGGAUUAGGUAUAGCCGCAGCUGUUUUUCUCCUGCUUCCAUUGGUGCAGGAGAUUGGUAGCAACCAACACCAACAAACUGAAGCACCUGAUGCAGACACUAGUUUAACUUGGGAACAAUAUCAGAACUAUUGCCACCAGCCAGCUUGGGAAGAGUCCUCUGUGACUGCUGUCCAGUUACGAUGCAUCCCUCUAGCGGGUGCCAUUGUGACGUGGGAUGGCUAUGUUACGAAGGUUAAAGUAACUGAAGUCUCCAACACUUUGCGUGAUAUUACAUCAAAGUUGCCAAGAAGUGUCCGGGACAUAAUUUCUUGUUGGUAUGGAGAACCCAGUGAGUUGGAUUGUAAUUCAGUAAAGAAGGAAAAUGAGGCACAAAUCUGUAAGAUAGUGAGAGGAAUACAGCGGAGUCAGUCCAAAUGCCAUCUUGAAUCUUUCAACAGGUACAAAUUUGAGGUGACAGUAAAUAUGAAGUCAGGCAUGUUUGGAAGAGGAGCAGAGGUGAUUCUUAUAGCAGAUGACUUUUUCCGAAAUUUUACUUUUGCCGUGAAACCACGUGACCACAUUUGGUUCUCUGGAACGUUAGUUAAUGAGGAAGGUGACAGCAUACUUGGUGGCACCAAACCACGUGUGGAUUUGAAUGAGAUAGGCUGCCUUGAUUGCCACAUGAGCCACCUACAGAUACAUAGAAAGACUUCAACAAAAAUUGGCCUCGAAAAUGUUUUGGAUUAUGUUUAUGUAGGAAUGAAAUUUGUUCUUAACUUUGUAUUUAACCCUCUUGUGAUUUUUAAAUAGUAAUAUGUUUGGCACAAUUGAAACUUCUGUGUUCAGAUAUGGUGCAUAUGAAAGUAAGUUUCCUAAACUGACUGCAUUUAUUGUUUAUCAACUGACAAAAGACUUUUUUAAUUAGUUGUUUUGCAUUAUAUUGCUAAAGUCCUUCUCUAAUCCAUCCUCCUAACUAAAUAUUUUUGUUGAAUAAAAAAACCUCUGUGAUCUUACUGAUUUACUAUAUAAUAAUUUUUUUUGAAAAGGGGGUCGGAGCUUUUGGUUUGAUUUUUUGUUGUAAAUAUGUACAUACACAAUGUGGCCAUAAAUUGUUUCUCCUGCCAAAGUGCAGAAAUAUGACAAAUACACUGUGUGAUACUGGUGUCCCAGAACUGAAGUAUUUACACUUAGCUUGACUGUGAUGUUUAUGUAAUUUAAUACUGUACAAUAUUGUUUUCAUAAGUAAUAGUUAUUUAAAUGUAGUUGCAAUGGCAUAUUGGAGUGCAACAUUUGUACUUAAAGCAGAUCUAUUUUAUUGUCCAAAUGUAACUGUCAUAGCUUGUGUGUCUAAUAUUGUUGUGAUACUGAA